AUGGCAAUAUGUCAGAGUGACAUUGAUCGUGACACCUUUGACCUGCUCUGCAAGCGCUUUCACAUCACAUCCAGUGUGCGCAAGGAUAUGCUCAAGUGGUCGGUCGACUCGGGCAACUUACAUAUCUUGGAGUCGCUCAUUGGCGACAAGCAGACAAACGAGCCCAUCUCAUUGGACACUGAUCAACGUAUAUUCUCAAACAUACCAAUCGACUUUAGGAAGACCAAGAUGAUCAGUUACUUGUUUCAGAAUGAUUAUAUCAACAGGUCGACGUUGAGUGAAAAGGGAGUUGAUCUGUCCAAUCUAUUCGCCAGUCGAUCGAGUAGGGUGAUCAGGUCAGUGCUCGACCCUCUCAGCUACCCAUCCGAGAUGAUCGACUUGGUGCGAUCAAAUGCUCACAUGUUCAUUGUGGAUAUCCUAUUGACAGGUGAUCAACAACUGAUUGAUGAGUUGAUUGCUGUUGAUGACAUUGGUGUCAAGUACCGACAUAAGCCAUAUUCAAUUAUAACCAACAAGCAGUUACUCUCAGAGGAAGCAACAAUGGAACAACAAUGGAGACAUGUGGAGUUGUUGAUCAAGUACAAGUUGUUAGCGCCAGGUGAUGGUAACACACUACAUCGUGCCAAAGAAGCAAUGGCCGAGUCAAAGGCACUUGUGAACAAUGCCCUAGGGGCCAAAGUCAAAGUACAGGCGUUGGAUUGCAUCAGUGACGAACAAAGACUGGUGUAUGUCAAGCUGUUGAAGCAGUCCAAGCUAUGCCUGGGCCAGAGCAUCAUGCGGAGUUUGCUCCGUGAAUACGUCUCCACUGGAGACUGCAUGCUCAUCCCUCUCAUUAUGAUGUAUCCAGCCAAUCUGUAUGACAACCGACACCUCAUCUUCGCAAACAUUGUUGAGCAUGGUACUAUUGCCCAGGCAGAGAUGGCGAUGGCACUGUUGAACAACAGUACCAUAGGAUUAAAUCAUGUAUCACUCUACAUGAGUGAUGAGCUAAAGGUUGUGUUCACGAACAACAACAACUCAUUCAACAAAAUUGAUAUCCUCAAUUAUCUCAACAAGGUCAUUGCCAUCAGCUCCAGAACACUCUGGCAGGGCAUGUCCUUGCCCUUCCAAGGCACCACCGAGAUUCUAGAGUGUCUCUUAUCAGACACGAAUAUGUUGAUCAAACUGUUCAGAUGCAGAUGGCAGUGA